AUGGGUAUCAGUCGCGAUCACUGGCAUAAGAGAAGGGCCACUGGUGGUAAACGUGCGCCCAUCCGCAAGAAGAGGAAGUAUGAGUUAGGUCGCCCUGCUGCCAACACUAAGCUUGGACCUCAACGUAUUCACUGGGUACGAGCUCGUGGUGGCAAUAUCAAGUACCGAGCUUUAAGGCUUGACACUGGAAAUUUCUCUUGGGGUUCAGAAUGUGCAACACGCAAGACUCGUAUAAUUGAUGUUGUGUACAAUGCUUCCAACAAUGAGUUAGUACGUACUAAAACUUUGGUGAAGAAUGCCAUUGUUGUUGUUGAUGCUACACCAUUCAGGCAAUGGUAUGAAUCCCAUUACCUAUUGCCUCUCGGCAGAAAGAAGGGCGCCAAGCUGACUGAAGCCGAGGAUGCAAUUAUUAACAAAAAACGCAGUAAGAAAACUGCUAAGAAGUACCUGUCAAGACAGCGUCUUGCAAAAGUUGAAGCAGCCCUUGAAGACCAAUUCCACACAGGACGUUUGUUAGCGUGUGUAGCGAGUCGGCCUGGCCAGUGUGGUCGAGCUGAUGGCUACGUUUUGGAGGGCAAGGAGUUGGAAUUCUACCUUAGAAAGAUAAAAUCCAAGAGGGCUAAGUAA